AUGAUCAACUUAACUUCAGCUGCAAACAUACCUCAACUGAAGAUAAGCUUCAGUUACAAAGAAACAGAUACCAUCAAACCAUUGCUUCAGUCCAGGUCUCUGGAGGAAAUUAAAGAGUCAGCUGGACCUGUGGACCACUCUGUUAAGAACAGAUCAGCCGAUCCCGACCUCCACAAUGUUUCAGAGUCUACCAUGUGGAGAAGAGACCAUGGGGACUCUUCUCGUUCUCUCAGCUGCCCUUUUACUCAUCAGGAGCUUCCUGCAAACAACAUCAACUUACCCAGAGCUUCAAGUUUACCCAACAUGAAGCCCCAAAGCAGCUUUAAAGCUACAAGUUUACUCAAGAUGAAGCCCAAAAGAGGCUAUGAGGAGUUUACUCCUGAUUUAAUCUAUAAAGAAGAUGAUGUAACCUACAUGUUCCGGUGUUCCAGUCCAGGUCUGUACUGGUGCAGACAGACUGGCCUGGUGUUUGACAUGAAGGGAGAAGGAGACGUGUCCUACAGGAUUGUUCCUUGGGACACAAGGUUACUGAGCCAACAUGGCAAGAAGCCCGCAGGACCUCUGUUUGACAUCAGCUGUCAGCAGCAGUCUGUGGCUCAGCUUCAUCUCCCUCACUGUGAGAUCCGCUCACACUGUGAGAUCCUGUCAGUCGCUCACAUACAUGAUGAAGGCAUUGAGUUUAUCAGACCUGAGAGGAUCACAGAAACUCAUGUUGUCAUCAACAUCACAGGGUAUUCUGGUUUUGGUAUUAUUAUUCAUGGUAACUCUCAUCGCUCAUUCCAAGCCUUGGUUCUGCUGUUCCACGAGGUUCCAUUGGAGUCUGAGUCUGAUCACGUGAUUAAUGUUCUGGUGCUCCCAAAAAAUGUUGUUUUCAGAAAUGUGUUGGUUUUUAGGAAGGAAUUAGAUAAAGAAGAAAUCUUUAUAGAGAUGCCUCCACACUGUAAACUGCAGCCCAAAAAGCAUUACACUCUGUCCACCAGUCCUGGAGAAGACUCAGUUCAGGUUCAGCCACCAAAAGCUAAAUUUGAUGCAGGAUCUUACAACAACUACUUAACAACAUUCCGGGUGGUUUAUAAGAAAACAAUAAAAGAGAUCAAACUGUCUCUGAGGCAAAAUAACUCGAGCAGUGUCUGGGAGAGUGUGGUUUGUUAUUCUGCUGUUGAAAAUAAAAAAUCCUUUAGACUGAUCCAACCAGAUUUUAAUUCAAAGCAGCAACUGGAAGUGAUAAGGAGAAGCUUUAUUGAAGGGAUAUCAGAACCUGUUCUGAAGAGUCUGCUGGACAAACUGCUGGAGAAAAGAGUCCUCAAUAAUUUUGAGAAGGAGUAUGUAGAGUCAGAGAAGACCAAAAUGGACAAAGCUCGAGUUUUAGUCGACAUUGUUAAGAAGAAAGGUGAUGCUGCAAGUUCAGAGAUGAUCAGCUUCCUCUGUGAGCUCGACCCAUUCUUCUCCCAACAUCUGGGGCUGAUAUAA